GUUUGCCUUGUUUUAGUUUGGUUUAUGAAAGUUCUCGCUAACUCUCGCGAUAGAAACCAUUUCAGCCGAGGAAGCCGAUUCAAACUGCGCAGGAAAAAGGAGAGAGACGCGCAGAACUGGAGAGAAAAAAACGACAAUGGCUGCGAUUGUAGAAGUCGAACAACAAGAACAACAAGAAGAAGAAACACAAAUAACUGUAACCGACAUAAAAAACGACCAGGAACCAGAAAACAACACCAAUGGCGUUAAAACAACUACUGAGAGCGAGGAAACCCCCAAGGAGCAGUCGACACUGAAAGAAAAAUCAAAUCUGAACAAGAAAAGCAGAUUUCAACCCUAUUCCAAAGAAAAGAAUGCAGGCUCUGGAGACAAGAAGGGGUCUCCUCGAAACAGAGUGUUUAUUAGCAAUAUCCCAUAUGACAUGAAAUGGCAAGCCAUUAAAGAUCUUAUGAGAGAGAAAGUUGGUGAGGUUACAUACGUGGAACUCUUUAAGGAUGCUGAAGGAAAGUCAAGGGUAAGUGAUAUGGACAACAUGCUGCUGGAGGGUUUAAUGUCCUCGGCAGUUUUCAUUUUAUCACGUGUUCUGUACAAGGUAAUGACAUUUCUGGUUUUAUUUGUAUAACAUGUUAUUUUGUGAAUUGCUUUAUACACUGGUAAGGUAUUGGGACUGUUAUAGUUGGCUGUAUUUUGUGAGCUUUUGUCAGCAGGGCUGGCUGGUUGAUGCUGUAUAAUUGGAUUCUAGAAAACCUUGCCAACAUAGAAAGCAUUUCGUUUUUUCCAUUAAGCACAUUCAAGUCUUUGUUGUUGCAGUUUUCAAUUAGUGGUUCAGUUGGCUUCUACAGUUACAUUUUUCCAAUGGAUGUUUAAUUUGUCAGAACUUGUUUCAUAGUUUAAAUAAGACUAACUUUUUAAAUUUACAAAUCCUGUCAUGCUUUUAGAUUUUUAAAAGUUGGACUUGUUUACGUUCUUAAAAGCAAAAAUUCAUUUUGAAUGUCAAAUAUAGGAAGUGUGUGAUUAAGCAUUCUGUGUGUGGUGUUUGUUAUUACUUUUUUAUUUUAUUUUUUAUUAUUCUUAGUAACAUUUGAAAGUUGUAUGAGAAUAUUUAUACUUUUAAAGGAGUGUUAACCAGUGCUUUAAAAUAUGCUUUGUGUUAUUGACAUUAUUACUGGUCAUCUGUUAAACUAACAUUCUGUAGAUUCUUAACUUAUAUCACGUUUUUGAUAUGCAAAUAUCUCAAAUACCACAUUAAACAUUUGUGAUACCUGAAUUAGAUCUUAUGGUCUGAUUGCACUAGAUCAAUGUUGUAAGUUUGAACUACAACACCUGAAGUGAUUAGAUACCAUUAUAAGCAGCAGCAACUAUAGCAUUGUCUUUCACACAUCUGCAUAAAAAACAAAUAAAAUAACAGCAACUAUUCAUUUGAUGAAUAGUGACCAGUGAUAAUAAUGCUAAUAAGAGGUAAGGUAACCAUGGUUCACACUCCUCCAUUGAUACAUGUACAUUGUUUUAGCCAUCCAUUGUAAGGCCUAGUGUGCAAGAAUUAGGGAUUAAUGCUAACAAUUGCCUUGGUUAUAUAACUGUUUGAGAAAUGUUUACAUCUUGUUAGUCCAUAAAAGAAAAAAAAAAAAAAAAGUAAAUGUCCAGAAUGUCCCACAAAUGUAGGGGAAAAGAGAGCACUUUUAACACUUUUGAACAGGAUGUUUAAAAGCCCUGUUAAACAGUUUGUCAUGCAGGAAAGAAUUAUGAACUGGGUUUGCUACACAUCAGAAUAAAGUGGGUGGUACACUAAGUUCUUCAAAUGGUUUGUAGAAAUUUCCAAAUUAGGUACAUUUUCUGUUCAAAUAUGGAGAAACAUGUUUAGUUCACGCUUACAAAAAUGACUUUCUCUUUUUCUUUCUUUCUGUACCCUUGUGAACACACCAUAAUGCUGCAGGGUUGUGGUGUUGUAGAGUUUAAAGAUGAAGAGUUUGUAAAGAAGGCAAUAGAUGUUAUGAACAAAUAUGAUCUCAGUGGAAGACCACUCAACAUCAAAGAGGAUCCUGAUGGCGAGCAUGCUCGUAGGAUGCUACAGCGUACUGGAAUGUUCCCAGGUGGACGUGGGCAAGAUGGGGGACCUGGUGUAAUGAACCUGCCACCUUCAAUUGCUAAUAAUCCAAAUAUUCCUCCUGAAAUUAUCAAUGGAUUACAAGAUGGAAGGCUUGGAACAACAGUGUUUGUUGCCAAUCUUGAUUUCAAAGUUGGAUGGAAAAAGCUUAAGGAGGUGUUUAGCAUGGCUGGAACAGUUAAAAGAGCAGAUGUCAAAGAAGACAAGGAGGGCAAAAGUCGCGGCAUGGGAACUGUUACAUUUGAUCAAGCCCUAGAAGCAGUGCAGGCCAUCUCAAUGUUAAAUGGACAGUUUUUAUUUGAUAGGCCUAUGCAUGUAAAAAUGGAUGACAAGUCUAUUCCUCAUGAUGACUUCCGUCCAAUAGAAAAGACUCCUCAGUUGCCUCGUGGGCUCAGUGGUAUUGGAUUGGGUCUUGGACCUGGAGGUCAACCAAUUAAUGCAAACAGAUUGAGUGGAGGAAGUGGAGGAGGAGGAAUGGGAAAUAUGGGCCCUGGAGCUAUGAGUGGAAUGGAUAGACCUGGUUUUGGUGGUAUGAGCAGGAUGGGAACAGGAGUUAGUGGCAGUGGUGGAUAUGGCGGAGGGAUGGACGGGAUAAGCAACAUGGGAGGCUAUGGAGGCAGGGACUUGGCGCCUAUUGGAAGGAUGGGGGGAAUGGAUGAUUAUAGAGGAAACCUGGGCACUGGUAUGGGUGGACUGGGCAGUGGUAUGGGAGGAAUGAGUGGCAGAAUGGGCAGUGGCAUGGGAGAUAUGCAUCGUUCGGGAAUAAGUGGCAUGGAUAGAGACUUCAGUAGAAGUGAUUUGCCAAUGAACCGAGGGUACGGAGAUUCUUUUGGAGCAAUGGGAGGAGGAAUGGGAGGAUUUGGAGGAGGAAUGGGUAGUGCUGGCAUGAGUCUAAUGGGACAUGGAUUAGGUAGUGGAAUGAACAGCAUGGGAGUUGGAAUGGGAAUGGACCGCAUGAGCUCCAGUUUUGAUAGAAUGGGUGGUGGUGGUGGUGGUAUGGAUAUGAAUCGCGGCUUCGGUGGUUUUGGAUCUGGCCCUAUUGGAGGAGGAAAGUCAGACAGAGGAUCUGGUACCAAGGGUUGCCAGAUUUUUGUCAGAAAUCUUCCAUUUGAUCUUACCUGGCAGAAGUUGAAGGAAAAUUUCAUCCAUUGUGGUCAAGUUAUGUUUGCAGAAAUUAAAAUGGAGAAUGGAAGAUCUAAAGGUUGUGGUACGGUUCGUUUUGAUUCACCAGAAAGUGCAGAAAAUGCUUGUAGAAUUAUGAAUGGCACAAGGAUCAACGGAAGAGAAGUAGAUGUUCGGAUGGAUCGAAACGCAUAAACAUUUAGAGAUGCUGUCUUUUUUUUUUUUUCUUAAUGCAUUUCCUGCAAGUCUGUUCUCUAUUGUACCAUAAGAAAUGUCUCAGUGCUCACCAGCUUUUAAAACUGGAUGAACGUAUAGGGCUGUCUGUGACUUGUCAAAACCCUUAGAUUUUUUUGUUUUGUGGCAGUUUAGUUUAAUUGAAUGAAUAAAUGGUGGUUUUUAAAAAAAAAAAAAA